UUUCAAAAAACUCCCAACAUCUACGUUACGCAAAAUGUCUCCCGUCCCAGAAGAAUCAUCAUCCGCCUCCGCCAGCGGCAAGCAAGAAGAUAUUCCCGCCGACGAAAAGAAAGAAGCCAGUCCACGCGCCGCGGGGCCGAGACGUCCACAUAUCUCAUGGUCCGAUUCAUAUACCAAAGCCAACGCCGCCAUUGAAGCUCUCUCCUCCAUCGUCUCUCACGUCCCAACAUCCCUAUCCUCUUCCGAGACGCCGGCCCUCUCCCUCCUCCACGACCCCGAAAUCGCCGUCCAAAUCUCCGACCUCCUCCGGCAACCAGGCUCCAGCGCCGGCGAUAACCAUCUCUGCCGGUGGCUUUACGACACGUUCCACUCCUCCGGCGAGCCUGAUCUCCACCUGGUGGUCCUCCGCUUCCUCCCCAUCAUCUCCGGCGUGUACCUCUCCCGGAUCGCCCUCCACCAGCCGCUCGCCGGCUUCGAGGCCAUCCUGUUAACCCUCUACGCCCAGGAAACGGUGAGCCGGAACGGAAACGCCGUCACAGUUACGAUCCCGGAUCUCUCGCAUUCAAGCAUUUACCACGAAACCAAACAGGCUGCGAAGGCCAGCGCCACCGAGCUGGCGUUGGCCGUCAUAUCGCCGAGUCUGGAGCCGUGUGGCAGCGUCCGGUCGACGAAGCGGGCGAGAAUUGUCGGGGUGGCGUUGGAGUUAUUCUACAGCAAAAUCUCACAAAUGCCCCUUCAAUCCAAGCUGGACUUUUGCGAGUUCUGUAAAGCAUGGGCGGGCGGGAAUAAGGAUAGUGGUGAGAGUAAUGUUGAAAAGAGAGAUGAGAGGAGGGUAAACCUGUCAAGGGAGAUAUUGCAGCCAGCGUUGAGGAUAUUAGGGCAUUGUUUGAUGGGGACUGAGAAGAGCGUGGAGCUGAAGACGGCCGCGCGUGAGGCGUGUAGGUGUCUGUACGAUAGAGCUUUGCAUGACAUCAGCCCUAAGGAUAUUCUUGCAACCGAGAGUCUUCUUAAGCUGGCAUCAUCAUCUCUUUAUAAUAGAGAAGUUGAUUACACUGAGAUAAAAUUCACCAAUAAGAUCACUCUUUAGAUUCUCUCUUGCUUUUUUUUUUAAUUUAAGGUAUGAACCUCAUUCUCAAACUCCAAAACCUGUUGGAA